GAAAUGGCCAUUUCCCUGUGGAAGAACUUACUUCAGACUACAAAGAGAAGGAUACUACAACAGAGAAGGGUGUCACUGUACAAUGGUGCUCAUGGUUAUGAGGAAGAAUUGAUAAAGAAGAAACUUCAGCAGUUUGCUGGUGGAUCCAUCAACCUCUCCAAAGAAGACAAUGGCGUUGCAAUACUUACUUUGAACAACCCGAAGCUAAUGAAUGCCUUUACAGGUUCUAUGAUGCUAGAACUCCAGGAGAGGGUAACUGAACUGGAAAACUGGAAGGAUGGCAAAGGCCUUAUCAUCUAUGGUGCAGGAAACACCUUUUGCUCAGGAUCUGAUUUGAAUGCUGUCAAAGCAAUAUCCAACUCCCAGGAUGGGAUGAAUAUGUGCAUGUUUAUGCAAAACACCUUAACCAGACUUAUGAGAUUGCCUUUGAUCAGUGUUGCACUAAUCCAAGGAAAAGCUAUUGGAGGAGGAGCAGAACUUACCACAGCAUGUGAUUUCAGGUUGAUGACGCCUGGGAGUGAAAUUCGAUUUGUCCAUAAGCACAUGGGUCUGGUGCCUGGCUGGGGAGGAGCUGCCCGGCUGGUGCACAUCGUUGGCAGCGGGACUGCCCUGCGGCUGCUCGGCGGCGCUGCCAGGGUGGACCCCGAGACAGCUUUGCGCCUUGGGCUCUCGGAGGAGACGUUGUCAUCUUCAGAUGGAACGGGAGCAUUAGAAGAAGCCCGCGCCUGGCUGAGUCAGUACACGGAGGGUCCAGCCAGCGUGAUUCGGGCGGUGAAAAAGGUGGUGACAGCGGGAAGAGAGCUACCACUGGAAGCUGCCCUAAGGACAGAGAAGGACGUUUUUGGAACUGUAUGGGGUGGGCCUGCCAAUUUGCAGGCACUGCUUAAAAAAACAAAACAUAAAUGACAGUCAAUGCAUAAGAAAUGUUCUUGACCUUUUUUGCAAACAAAGCUUUCACUAAAGCAGGCAUUAAACCCAAUCAUUUAAGGACUUCUUCAUUUAAACUGGCAUUAACAUUCCUGUCAUUCACGUCAGGCAGACAUAUUUGGUGUGCAACCACAGAGAAAUCCCUGGCAGAUUCUUUACUGUCCUAAUCACCCAUUGAAUGGAGAUUAGUGAAAUUAGUAUGUAAAGGUAAAUACUGUGCUGAGAAUAGAACUAUAAUUCUUUUG